CUCCAUGUUGGCUCCGGCCCCCAUCCCGGCAACCCCCUCGCGCCUCAGCGAUAAUUGGCGGAAAGAGCCAAUCUCGUUCCAUGCUGCGAUUGGAGAAAACCUUGUCAACCCUCCUCCUUCCGGAACUGUGAUUGGAGAAAACCGCGUGCCCGCCCGCCCCCCAACUCUGGGCGGGGCGGAGCAGGAUGGGGCACUGCCUUCCGCCAGCAGUUCGGGUCCACUGUGGGGCGGUGUUUCGAGGGGAUGCAUAGUCCGUCCUCAACCCCGGGGUAUCCACAGCAACGCGUCAGCCGCUGACCUCGGGAUCACUCUCCUGUGGGUGCUCCUGGCGGACUCUAAAUGUUCCGGGGUCUCUAGGGAGUGUAGAGCGCUGAUUCUGCGGCACGAAGGGAGAAAAAUUGGCUGAGGAGUUUUUUCAAAACACGUGCGCUUGCCUUGUCACCCACUCCGCUCUCCCAGGCGGGUCAGAGCUCCGGGGACGGCAGCCAGGUGUAUUUGGGAAAAAACUCCCCUGGUGAUUCUGAUAAGCUCCCCCUACUCAACGAUUGAGAACCACUGGUACGGAGGUCCUGUAGCUUGUCAAGGCGCGACCUCAGAUCCGUCUCUCCCAGAUACCUUCCUCUCUGCGGUCAGGCUGACUUGCUUAAGGCUCCCACCGCACAGCUCUUGCACCUCUGCUUAGCGCUUAUUUAUUUCUUCUGCGUAAUUGUUUACAUAGCUGCCUCCCCUACUGGGCUGUGAAUUCUUUUUGGGUAGUGGCUCUGUCUCGUUCAUCAGUCCCCGUUUCCCCUCCAAAUGCCUGGCAGGGAAAAGUGCCCUUAAUAAUAAGUUGACUUCAAUUGGGGGUGGUAGUAGGGAGGCUGUCAAUCAAUCUGGGGCGGAACUGGGUAGGAAAAUGUGCCAGGAUUAGUUUGAGGUCGGGCUGGGUGUAUGGGGAGGGUGUAUGGGAGAGGUGCUAAUACGAGUAUGGUGGAAUAUCCGGGUGAGUGAAGUUGGGGAGAGAACAGGUGAAACCCCACAUAACUCAUCUUGACAGAUGUCUCAGAGAGAUCAUGGGAAUUUCCUAGCCCUUCUGCAAUGUGGGAUUUCAUUUUGGGCACUAGAAUGCUACUUCUAGAAGGGGUGAAUCUUGUUUUAGCUCUGCCUCCUGCUCAGGGAUAAAACUAUGCAAGUUGUGAGCUACUAUGACAAUUCCCCUCCCAGGAAGGAGGCACAGAAGGAGGAAAACAGCCCUGUCUAGACUCAAACUUUAUGGACAAUUCCAUGAUUGCCUCCACAUUCCUCCAAUGAAAAUCUGGGAAGCACUCUGCACCUCUCUCCAUUUCAUAGAGACUGGCCCCUAUGGCAGCCCUUGGACUUAAGCCCUGGGGCCCCUGACACCUGGGUGGCUGAGUCAGCUCCUCAGGAAUGGGCUUCAUUAGGAAACCUGGUGACUCAGGGCCUCAAGAAUGGCGUUGGACAAGCCACCAAACCAGCUGCCUGGGCUUCCUCCUUCUGUUCGUCAUUGAGGUGGCAACAAGCAACUCAGCUCAUCCCUGGUACCCCAAUUCUCCUUCCAAAUUCUGGACCCUCAGCCCUCUGCUAGGUCAGCCCUGAUGCUUCUCAGGGGGCCCCAGAAACUGGAUCCGGACUUGGGGGAGAAGGUUUCGGGGUUCAAGAAGAUAAGUAAAGAAUGGAACUUCCAAGGAACCUCACUUUUCUACCCUCCUGCCUCUCCAGCUGUCACGGCUCCCAGGCACGGAGGCGGGGCCCUGAGAGGUUUGGCCAAAGGUUGCCCUAGAAGGGGUGUGAGUGGUCUGGUCAGACAGGUGACUGUGAGCUGGGAUGCCUGAGGCCUGCCCCGACUGAGUCACUGUGCUGUUGUUGUCACCAUCUUUGUUGAAGUCCCUGCUCAGCAACCCAGACCUCUGUGGAAACAGCAGCAGCUGCCAUCCUUCCAAGCUUUCAGGAGAAGCCACCGGCCUGAUGGUGAGGCGAAUGGGCUGGCGGGGGAGCAAGGGGCAGUGGGGGCAGUGGGGAGACCUGGGGCCUGGAUCAGUGCCCCUCCUCCCCACGCCACUGCCUCCUCUUCCUCCUCCUCCGUGUCGGGGGCCUGGUGGAGGGAGGGUCUCCAUCUUCUCUCUGUCUCCUGCCCCUCACACAAGAAGCUCCCAUUCCUCAGUUCCCCCUUUGGUGCUAGGACCCCCCUGCCCAGCGGUGCAGGGCCCAGGGAUCUUUCAGCAUCGCCACAGUGCCCUCCCCACCCCAGCCACCCCCUCAACACAGGCAUGGCCUGCGACGAUACCCAGCUCUCCUCCCCCCUCCUGGGGUUCCCACUCCAUGCCACCCUUGGCAUUGGUGACUCCCCCUCCCACACACCGAUGCCCCCAGGACCCUCCUGGGCUGCGGAUAGGCCCUCUGAUCCCUGAGCAGGAUUAUGAGCGGCUGGAGGACUGUGACCCUGAUGGGUCCCAACAUUCACCCCUCCAUGGGGAGGAGCAGCAGCCCCUGCUUCACGUGCCUGAAGGGCUCCGAGGAUCCUGGCACCACAUCCAGAACCUGGACAGCUUCUUCACCAAGAUCUACAGCUACCGCCAGAGGAAUGGCUUCACCUGUAUCCUGCUGGAGGACGUCUUCCAGCUGGGACAAUUCGUUUUCAUUGUUACCUUCACCACAUUCCUCCUUCGCUGCGUGGAUUACAAUGUUCUCUUCGCCAACCAACCAAAUAACCAGACGAGACCUGGGCUGCUCCACAGCAAAGUGACCUUGUCUGAUGCCAUCCUGCCCUCGUCCCAGUGUGCCCAGUGGAUCGGCUCCAGCCCCCUGCUGGUCUUCCUGCUGAUCCUGGCUGUGGCCUUCUGGCUGUUCCAGCUGCUGCGCUCAGUCUGCAACCUUUUCAGCUACUGGGACAUCCAGGUGUUUUACAGGGAGGCCCUGCAUAUCCCCCCGGAGGAGCUCAGCUCGGUGCCCUGGGCGGAGGUGCAGUCCCGCCUCCUGGCGCUGCAGAGGAGCGGGGGGCUGUGCGUGCAGCCGCGGCCGCUGACAGAGCUGGACGUCCACCACCGCAUCCUGCGCUACACCAACUACCUGGUGGCACUGGCCAAUAAGGGCCUGCUGCCGGCCCGCGGCGCGCUGCCCUGGGGAGGCAGUGUGGCCUUCCUCAGCCGCGGCCUGGCGCUCAACGUCGACCUGCUCCUCUUCCGCGGGCCCUUCUCGCUCUUCCGCGGGGGCUGGGAGCUACCCGAUGCCUACAAGCGCAGCGACCAGCGGGGCGCCCUGGCCGCGCACUGGCGGCGCACGGUGCUGCUGCUGGCCGCCGUGAACCUCGCCCUGAGCCCGCUGGUGCUGGCCUGGCAGGUGCUGCACGCCUUCUACAGCCACGUGGAGCUGCUGCGGCGCAAGCCCGGCGCGCUGGGGGCGCGCCGCUGGUCCCGCCUGGCUCGCCUGCAGCUGCGCCACUUCAAUGAGCUGCCGCACGAGCUGCGCGCGCGCCUGGCCCGCGCCUACCGCCCCGCCGCCGCCUUCCUGCGCGCCGCCGCGCCUCCGGCGCCCCUGCUCACGCUGCUGGCCCGCCAGCUCGUUUUCUUCGCCAGCGCGCUCUUCGCUGCGCUGCUCGUGCUCACCAUCUACGACGAGGACGUGCUCGCCGUGGAGCACGUGCUCACCGCCAUGACCGUGCUCGGGGUCACCGCCACCGUGGCCAGGUCUUUCAUUCCGGAUGAGCAGUGCCAGGGUCGUUCCCCACAGCUCCUGCUGCAGGCGGCUUUGGCUCACAUGCAUUACCUUCCGGAGGAGCCCGGCCCUGCCGGCAGGGUCAGCGCUUACCGGCAGAUGGCGCGGCUGUUGCAGUACCGAGCGGUCUUGGUCCUGGAGGAGCUCCUGUCCCCUCUCCUCACCCCGAUGUUUCUGCUCUUCUGGUUUCGCCCUCGUGCCCUGGAGAUUAUUGACUUUUUUCAUCACUUCACUGUGGAUGUGGCCGGAGUUGGUGACAUCUGUUCCUUUGCCCUUAUGGAUGUGAAACGUCACGGCCACCCUCAGUGGCUCUCAGCCGGACAGACAGAGGCCUCGCUGUCUCAGCGCGCGGAGGAUGGAAAGACUGAGCUGUCCUUGAUGAGGUUCUCCCUGGUGCAUCCGCAAUGGCGCCCCCCAGGGCACAGCUCCAAGUUCCUGGGGCACCUUCGGGGCCGGCUACAACAAGAUGCAGCAUCCUGGGGCACCACCUCGGUUCGCAGCUCCCCCACCCCCGGGGUGCUCAGUGACUCCUCCUCUUCACCUCUGCCAGAGGCCUUCCUGGCCAACCUCUUGGUGCACCCCCUCUUGUCCCCACGGGACCUGAGCCCCACAGCCCCCUGCCCAGCUGCAGCCACAGCCAGCCUCCUGGCCUCCAUUUCCCGCAUUGCCCAGGACCCGAGCUGUGUGUCCUCAGGAGCCACUGGGGGCCAGAAGCUGGCCCAGCUCCCAGAGCUUGCUUCUGCUGAGAUGAGUCUCCAUGCCAUCUACCUGCACCAGCUCCAUCAGCAGCAGCAGCAGGAGCUGUGGGGUGAGGCUUCAGCCUCCUCCCUGUCCAGGCCCUGGUCCAGCCCCCCGCAGACACUCUCUCCUGAUGAGGAGAAGCCAUCCUGGUCAAGUGAUGGCUCCAGUCCUGCCUCCAGCCCCAGACAGCAGUGGAGAACCCGGAGGACCCAGAAUCUGUUCCCUGGAGGGUUUCAGGAAAACACAGACACCCAGAAGGAGCCUGGCCAGGCCCCUAGCACUGACUGAGAGGGCUCCUCUGGGUUCCCUGGCUUCUCCAACCACAGGAGAUCGGACGAGGUGGAGUGAAUGACACACCGAGCCCUC